AUGUCCGCCGCAAGAGGAGUCGAUUACACGCGUGUGCCGAACCAGGAAGAGGUGAUCGAGAUGAAGCCCGGCCACCAACGCCUGCCGAGCGACGCCGCGGUGCCCCAGAAAGAGGAAGCGCCGCCAUCGCAGCUCAAGGUGAUGGGCGUGGUCGUGUUUUACCUCGUCGCUGCCCUAGUUGUAAGUUGGAAGGAUCCUAGACGACAAAGAAUCCGGACUGCUGGAGCUGCCGCUGCUCUGAAGGCGAUCCUGAAACGCGCCCGAGCUGGGGCGUCCCCAUGGUUUCGGCCGUCGUCGGUCGCGUCUCGACCCGUUUCGUCGCCUGUCUCCGAGAGGCGCCUCGAGGCAGGCGCGUGGCACGUUACACGCCAGCUGGACGUGCCCCCGCCCGCUCAAAGAAUCGAUCCUUCAGUCGCAGCAGCAGCAGCAUCCCCUGCACACCUUGGCCAGAUUGAAGAAGAAUGAUACUGACAUCAACACUCUCUCACUCUCGCGCCACAGAUGAUCAUGGUCAACAAAGUACGUCCGCCCGACUCUCAAAGUAGGCGCCCACUGCCGAACGGGCCACCCGCCGAAACUGACCUCUGAUCGCGUUCGCUUGUCGUGUCGUAGUGGGUUCUCAACGCCGUCCAGGUAAGCUGCCUCAUGUCGACAAACGAUACUAGUAGUACGUGAGCAUACACAUGGUCUGACACGCAUCCAUCCAUCGGCACAGGUCCCCUUGUUCUUCCUCUUCUGCCAGCUCCUGAUCGCCGUGCUGCUCCUGCACCUGUGCGCACUCUUUGGUUCGUUGAUCGGCACGCAGGCGAUAUUCGAAUGCCCCUCGACGCGCCAUGUACUAAUCCUGCCUAGAGUUUUCAACGAGCAGGGGCUAUGAAGUUGCCGAGAAUGGAGUCGCACGUCUGCAAAGGGCUCAUCCCCCUCAUCGCCUGCAACGUGCUUGGCCUUGCCUUCAACACAUACUGCCUUCGUGAGCUCGGAUCUUCUCAAGCUCUCGAGUGGACCGAUUUCCUGAUCUUGAGAUAUCUGCCUUCAUACCACAGAAUUUGUGGAUGCUUCGUUCUACGUGAGUGAGAACGGCGGACUGGUUCUUGUACGUAAGCGCGAAGACUGAUCCAAUUUGCCCCUUCCCCAUCAGCAAAUCGCCCGAGGUCUCAUCCUGCCCUUCACCGUCUUCUUCUCGUGGUGGCUGCUCGGCACGAAAUCUUCGCUGCCGACCCUCGCCGCCGUCGCUCUCGUCUGCUUCGGCUUCAUGGCCGGUGUCUCGGCCGAGAACAUGCACACCUCCAUGAUCGGUAUUACUCUCGGUGUCCUCUCGUCCGUCACGACCUCGGUUCAUGCCAUCGUCGUCAAGCGAUCGCUCGCGAUCGUCUCCGACACGCUCGACCUCGCUUACUACUCGAACUUGCUCUCGGCGCUCGUCAUCCUCCCCUUCGUGCUCGUCUCCGGCGAGAUUUGGGUCGUGCUCGACAUGGCCACCGGACAGUCGAAGGGUCUCGGAACAUUCAUCACCGGAGCGGCCGUCACGGUCAGAUGCUGCCCAAGUCUAGAGGUACCCGGGGUGGAAGAUCACUGACGCAUCCACUACUCCUACGUGCAGGGCUUGUUCGGGUUUCUCAUCUGCAUCGCCGGCUUCCUCUCCAUCAAGGUCACCUCGCCCAUCUCCCACAUGGUCUCUGCUGGUGAGUUGCGUAUGCCCGAGCACAAGCCGAGACGAUCCCACACUGAAUCUCUUGUCCCGUGUCUGUCUUGUUAGCCGUGCGUGGUGUGUUACAAACCUUCCUCGGCAUUUGGCUCUUCAACGAUGUCGUCGGCACUGGUCGAGCCACCGGCAUCAUUUUCAUCCUUUCUGGGUCCACCUACUACGUUUGUGAGUGCUAAUCAGUCGCAGCGUUGAUCUGCCGUGCCGCCGUCCCUGAUGCCUUGUCCAUGUUGCGCCGGAUCCUGUAGAUACCAAGGCGCAAGAGAACAACGCGCCGCGAGCGCCGGCCGCCGAGAUGGCUCCUCGUGUCACGCCCCGAGCCGCCUCGAGCACGCCGUCGUUCGCCGCCAACGUCGAGGUCGAGAAGAGGUGA